CAAAUUUUUACUGCCGUAAAACUGUAGACAUGACAGCCUGACCCCGUCUUUUCAACUGCACCCCUCUCUGUAAAAGAGAAAACCCACCACAUCCAACAGCUUCUCCAUCCCAUUUCAAAAAUUUCAUCGCUUCUCAUUCUCUUUACUCUAAAAGGUUUCGCUUCUAUUAUUUCUUUGUUAAGAGUGAAGAUUUCAAAGUUUUCAACUCUAGUCUUUGCAAAUAACUUUUCCAGGGUUUAAUCAUGGUGUCAUCGCUUCCAAAACCAGUGAAAGAGGGACCUUUAUCUAAGUCUAAGCAGGCAAGACUUGUUGUUGGCAAAGUUUUGCGGCAUGUUAAGGUUCAUCCCCGAGGAAUUUGUUCUAACCAACAGUCUGCUUUUACUCCAGAAUGGUAUGAAUGUCGUAGUGCUAUCAAGGAAGCUCUGAGAUGUUACAGACGGUUACUUUCAGACAAGGAUUACCGUGAGGGUAUUUCAAAGGAUCAUGGGAUGGGCUUGGAACGAGGGAAACCUUCCGGCAUAGGGCAACAUAUGAGACUAGCGAAGCUGGUUAGGUGUUUGGGAAAAUGGGUCAACACAGCCAAGCAAAUAGGAUGCGUUGCAGGGAUUGAAGUUGGUGAUGGUUUCCAUUGGAGGGGUGAGUUGUGCAUUGUCGGACUUCACAGUGAAUUUCAAAAAGGGAUAGAUUGUAUCACUUCUCUCAAUGGUAGCAAAAUUUGGGCUACGAGCAUUGUCGAUUCCGGUCGAUACGAUAGUUCUACAAGAAAGGUUUCGUCCGAUGAGUUUACUUACUGCGGGGAAGGUGAAAAUCCUAGCUUUUGUGGGUUUAAGAAACUUAAAGAUCAAAAGCUUGUUGGUGGGAACCGUGCAUUGAUGAACAAUAUGAUUGACAGGAAGCCAGUCAGGGUGAUACGUAGGUUCGACAACAUCGGCAACACAAACGAGAGCGGCUACAAGUUUGUUUACGAAGGCUUGUACCAAGUGAACCAUUGUUGGAAAGAAAUUAGAAUGGACUCUGGUAAAUAUGUUUACAAGUUCAACCUGGUGAAAUUGGAGGAUCAUCUACAAUAUGAGCCACAAUGGAAAGUGAACAACGUUCGUACUCGGAGGUAUCAUUGACAAUGAACUUGCAUCAUAAAAUCGCCUUCUUUAUGUUAUAGACUGUUUUGGUCUAUAAAUGGUAGUAUAAACAUGAAAGUAAUUGCAGUAUGCAUUGACAAUGCUUACUCAUAUGCUCUACCAUAGGUGAAAUUUGCACUGGUAGAAUGCUAGUUGCUUUCAUGUUUUUUGAACUGUUUUGAUCUGUAAAUAAAUUUUAGCUUAAGCUAGGAAGUUUGUAGGGUCUAGCAUUGAAGCAUUUACUCAAGUGCUUAUGGAGGUGAAUUUUGUGGUUAUACCUAUGCUAGUUGCCCUUUUUUACCAUCUCUCAACUUUGGAAAAUCUCUAGAAAUGAAAAAUUUAAACAGAUUUGUUUGUGAAA